GGAACUGUAGGUAAGAAAACCAAGAUGUCAGACGAGAAAGUAGAAGUUAGUAGUGAGGAUGUGAAACCGAUUGUCAGUGAAGACCAAGUUGAAGAAGAGUUGAUGUUUUUAUCACCUGAAUGUCCAGUAAGAAAAAUAACAGUCUAUGCUGACAGAGCAGAAGUUUGUAGAAUAAUCAAUGCUAAACCUAAGAAGGGAAUCAAUGAAAUCAUCCUGAAGAAUUUACCAGCAUGUAUUGAUGGAGACUCUAUCAGGGUUGAAGGUAAAGGAGAAGCCACCAUAGAAGAGGUGUCAUACCAAGUAAAAUAUAUCCCUAAAGACCAGGCUGAUUUAAAUGAGAAACAGAAGGAAUUGAAGGCUCUAGAAGUUGAAUUAAAGAAAGAGAAGGAAGAUUUGGCGUCUGUUUUGAGUUUAGUUAAGCAGCAAUGGGAAGUUCUCAACAAUUUUGCAAAAUCUGCAACGGCUGGAAUUCCACUUCAGGAAUCUGAUAGGAUGGAAACUAUUCUCAAUGAAUCCUAUUUUGCUGGAAUUACAAAGUUCCUGAGUUUGUACAAAUCAGAAGGUUCCAUUCUAGAAGAUUCGAGAAUAACUUUAGAGAGAAAAAUAGAAGAUGUUAACAACAGGAUUGCCGCAAAUCAUAAAAACAUUGGUCAGAUUUUUAAUAGGACUGCAGAAGAGGAAUCAAGAGAAUGUACUAUUGUCAUUGAUGCUAAAACAGAAGUACCUGUAGAAUUAGAUGUGUCAUACGUAGUUACUGAUGCAUCCUGGGUACCAAGUUAUGACAUCAGAAUGUUUACGUCUGAAGGCGUCAUGAAGAUUAUGUAUUAUGGACAGAUUCAGCAAUCAACAGGUGAAGAUUGGAAUGAUGCUAAGAUAUUUUUAUCGACAGCCUCUCCGAGUAUUGGAGGUACGGUACCUGACCUGGAAUCUGUUGUAUUGUCAUUACGUGAUAAAUACCGGCCAGUAGCCAAAGGUUUUAGUCUAUUUUCUGCUAAGAAAGUUGCAGCUCCCAGACCGGUAUUAAGAUCUCAAUUUGAUGAAUAUGAUCCAACAGUUGAAGAUGCUUAUUUUAGUUCAGCACCUAUGAUGGAUUUUUCUGUGGCUCAGCAUGUUUUCUGUAUAAGAGGAGGUAGUCCAAAAGUUCUUGGCAGAAGUAGGAAAUUAAAAUCAAAAUCUAGUGCAAUUUAUGGUGAUGAAGAGGAUGAGAAUAUGUAUGAACUUCUUUGCAAGAAUGUCCAAAUGAGUGUCGUCCAACCUGUCAUGUGUUUAUCAGUAACACAGUUGAUCAAUGUCAAAAUUGUUAUGGAUUUAUUUUUCCCAGCUCUGUGUUGGUGUAAUGAUUUGGGCAAGGUUAAGCUACAGGUAUUUCCAGUAAUGUAUUCAAACAGCUUCAGUAAUCAGAAUAGGUUAAUGUCAUGUGUUCCACCUCCACCUCCACCACCUGCAGCAGCUUGUAUGACCAUGGCUAGAACUAAGGUAGCUGAAACAACAACUAGUACAUCCUAUGAAAUAGCUCGUAUUUCUACUAUCCCCUCUGAUAGUAUACAACAUAAAGUAUCGGUUGGUAUCAUAGAUUUAAAACCCAGGUUAGAAUAUAUCACAGUUCCUAAAAAGGUUCCACGAGCUUUCCUGACAGCCAAACUAACCAAUACCUCACAGUUUACACUCCUACCAGGACCUACUAGUAUAUUUCUGGACAAUAGUUUUGUGGCCAAGGCUGAUUUAAAAUCGGUGUCACCACAAGAAGAAUUUGAAUGUUCACUGGGAGUUGAUCCUUCAGUUAGAGUAAUUUAUAAACCACUGAAAAAAUUCCAAGAAACUACAGGCUUUAUUUCUAAACAACGUAGUAUGAUGCAUCAACAAGAUAUAGAAGUGAAAAAUACUCAUGAAUACGCCAUUAAAAUAUUGAUUAAAGAUAAUUUACCACAGACUGGGGUUGAUAAAAUUAAGGUUAAUUUGUUGGAACCAGCCAUUGAUUUAAAACAUCCAGAGAAAAAUAAAGAUACCAGACUAAAUACUAAACAGAAUCAUAUUGAAUGGGAUUUAGAUGUGGGAAAACAGGAGACUAAAACAGUCACAUUAAAAUAUUCUUUAGAAUAUCCUGCAAAUGAAGAAAUAGACCAUACAGAACGAAUGUUUGAAAAUUAAAUGAAACAGAUAACCAUCUCAGUCUAGAAGUAGAUG